GUACAAGUUAACCUAUGGAUGAAACCGCAGAGCUAAUCACUUGAAUUGGAUAUCAAAGCAGAGUAAAAUUAAUAUGAAGCAAGGCAUUUUUUGUAUUCUCUACCAGUUAAAAACUUCAGUUUAAAGAUUCAGGCAGUCUGGUGACACAGGCAGUUUAGAUGCCAUCAGGGACCAUCGCCAUAGCUGAUCUGUGGAAGUGCCACUGACAACAUCUCUGUCCCUUUCCUCUUGCAGUAUCGCUCGGGGCGGGACGCUCAGCGAGGCUCAGACAACGUUUCCAAUAAGUCCUCAGACAGCGAUGUCAGCGAUGUCUCAGCAGUGUCUCGGACGAGCAGCGCUUCUCGUUUCAGCAGCACGAGCUACAUGUCUGUCCAGUCAGAGCGGCCUCGGGGAAACAAGAAAAUAAGCAGACAGAUGGGCGCCUCAGGAAAGAACAUGACUAAGAGCACCAGCAUCGGUGGGGACAUGUACACGCUGGAGAAGAACGACGGUAGCCAGUCAGACACGGCUGUGGGCACCGUUGGUGGAGGCAGCAAGAAGAGACGCUCCAGCAUCGGCGCCAAGAUGGUGGCCAUCGUGGGUCUCUCGAGGAAAAGCCGUAGCACAUCGCAACUCAGCCAAACUGAGGCGGGGGGUAAGAAGCUGCGAAGCACCGUCCAGAGGAGCACUGAGACAGGGCUGGCUGUGGAGAUGAGAAACUGGAUGACCCGCCAGGCCAGCCGGGAGUCGACGGAUGGGAGCAUGAACAGCUACAGCUCCGAGGGAAAUUUGAUUUUCCCUGGUGUGAGGUUGGCUGCAGACAGCCAGUUUAGUGAUUUUCUGGAUGGGCUUGGUCCUGCCCAGCUUGUAGGGCGACAGACAUUGGCAACACCAUCAAUGGGAGAUAUCCAGGUAGGAAUGAUGGACAAGAAAGGACAAUUGGAAGUAGAAAUUAUCCGAGCCCGUGGCCUUGUUGUAAAACCAGGUUCAAAGACACUGCCAGCACCAUAUGUAAAGGUGUAUCUAUUAGAAAAUGGAGUCUGCAUAGCCAAAAAGAAAACAAAGGUAGCAAGAAAAACGCUGGAACCACUUUAUCAGCAACUUCUAUCAUUUGAAGAAAGUCCCCAAGGAAAAGUUUUACAGAUAAUUGUUUGGGGAGACUAUGGACGUAUGGAUCACAAAUCCUUUAUGGGAGUGGCACAGAUACUUUUAGAUGAACUGGACCUGUCCAACAUGGUGAUUGGGUGGUUCAAACUCUUCCCUCCUUCUUCCCUUGUAGACCCAACUUUAGCUCCUCUCACCAGAAGAGCUUCCCAAUCAUCUCUUGAAAGUUCAACAGGACCUUCGUAUGCUCGCUCAUAGCAGCUGUGAAACUGUUGUCAUAGCAACCAGCGUUACAAAAAAAAAAAUAAAUUACAGGUCGCAAACCCUGGUAACACUGCAUGCUUAAUGUUGUGUCUUCUGAGCCUGUUUCUAGGGCUACAACGCGAUCCUGUGUUCUCAAGGAAGUUGCACACAUUGUGCCCUACAGAAGGCCCUCAGGUGAAGGACUGAAGUCAUGAAGAACUGAUAGGUUUGGAGUUCAGGGACACUCAGUUUUGGUCCAAUCUGAAGCCAUGGACUAAACUAAAAGAAUCAAUCUGUUUCAUGCAACAAAAGUCCUUUUCAAUGGCAUAUCUAUUUUGUUGCUCCUGUUUCUUUAUCUGCCCUCCCCUCCUAAAGCUUGGUUAUGCCACAGAAAUGGAGUUACCCUCCCGUGAAGCCAUGUUUCAAGUUGGUGAAAUUGCAGACGUUAGAAGAAAAGAAGAAUGUAAAGGAUGCUGGAAAAGUCAGCCAUCAUUUGAAACAGUUACUUGAGAUCUGAAAACUCUUCACAAAGGUUCAAGACUUAAAGUGGUGGGCUUCAAACAUCCAGUUAUAGAUACAGUGAAACCCCAGAUAUGAUGGACUCUGAAAAAUAAAAUUCUGUGGAUAUACUGUACUGUAUGAAAUUAAAGAAACUUUUUUGCAUGGACACAGAUUUAGCUGAACACUUAAAUUAUUUUCUUGGGGCUGCAACUUGCAAAAAAACAAAAGAAUAAAUCAGCCAUUUUCAACAGUUUAUAUUAUUUUUAAAAAUAAAUUUCACUAGUGCAUGGUUUUAAAGGGAAGAGAAUGCAACAGGGUGAUACAAAGACACACCACGUUUAUCAUUCUUUAAACCAGUCAUGGUCUGUAUUUUUGCAGACGUAUAUUAAAAAUAAAAAAUAAUUUCUAGCAAAUACUUAAAAUUCUGUUUAUGUGACAAGAAAUAAGUGUAAUAUAUUAAAUUUAUUUAAAUGUAAAAGGUACAAGCCUUGUAAAGUUCAACAUAAUGUGCAAAUUGUACACUUCUUUUACCUCCUCCUUUUUCUCCUUUCAGUCUCCCUUCUUCCUUUUGCUCUUUUCCCCCUCCGCCUCCCACAAUGAUCAUCAUAUUCAAAAUGGCUACCUUUUGACUUAUUACUCUCUUACGCCCCAUAUUUGGUUUGAGGAUUGCAGAUUGUUCUGCAUUUCUGAAUUAUUUGAGAAAAAUAUUGUUUAAGAACUUAUUUUUUUUUCAAGCAUGUUGAAAAGGAUUUUGCAACAUGGCUUGGGAGUACAUUAAUGUAAUUCAGCAUGUAUUUGAUAAAAAAAAAAAAGAUAUUUCAACUUUUUGCAAUUUAUUGUACAGUGCAUGGUAACUUAUUUUCAUUUUUUCUCACCUUCAAAUUGAAUUCUACAGCAAAAUACUGGAUUCAUGUGGCCAUUGUAAGAUGUCUUCAAUAAAUUUCUUUUCAGCACCAGCAUCAUUCAUUCAAGGGUUGAAGUAUCAUUUCUUGAAGGUUUUGGAAAGAGGAAAAGUGAAUCACGAGGAAAAAUCAUUGAUUUUUAGGAGAUAAAUUUAAACAUUUUAUUUGCACUAAACCAAAUUAAUUGCUACAAUCUUGAGAUUAUAAAAGCAGCAAAGAUUACUAGUUCUUACAGUUCUGCUGUAAAGUUCGGUUUUCAUCAACUACAUUUGUGUUGGCAAAGAGAUAAUUAGGUAAUAUCAGUCUGAAAAUGUCAAUUUUUGGUUCGUAAAUAGCCUUAAAGAAAGCUUAUGGGUACCUCUCAGGCAGUUAUUUGACACCAUUACCAGAACCCUCAUUGCAGUCAACAGAUCUCCAAAACCCUGGUUUUUGUAGCAGACAGUAACUGCCAUUGGGUGGUGCUGUGAGUUCAAGCUUCUCAUUAAAUUACAUGAUUUAAAGGGAAUAUAACUGGCUAACAUUUAAUAAUAAAAUGUCCCUUUUUUUCUGGGUCUUUGUAUGCCUUUAUUACCUACUUAAGGUUUAAUAUUGAAACCUUGCAAUAAUUUUUGAAAUACACAUUGCAUUUACCUUUCAGGCCACACAGAAUUAUUCUGAUUUUAUUUGAAAAUCUGUUCAUGUUUCCCAUUGAGAAAUUGUACAUGCCUCAUUAGAGGGCCAAAGUAAUAAUAGUAUACUUAAAAUUGCCUUUUACUUUGUGCAAUAUCAUAUAAGUGGAGAUUGUGUCUUGUCUUCAGAGUUUAUAUAAUGGAUCGUUGUUAAGUUAAUGAACAGACUGGUAAAAUUAUAUUUAUUGAAAUAAUUUAGACACCUGUCUACCAGCAGCAAAUAAAUGCUAUCAACAUGCAGUCUACAAUAUUCCCUAGGGUAAAAGAAAAAUACAUAACCAUUUUCCUGAUACUGUGAGAUGUGCGCACACAUUGCUGUGUUCAUUGUCCUAUACAAAUUAUUUCCAAUUUUAAAAUCAAGGACACAAUGCAUGGAAGGUUUGUACAUACUUGUCAUUAUGCAGUAUUUAUUUAAAAAAAAAUUAAUGUAUUUUUUUUAAUUUUCACAUGUCUGCAACUCUACUUAUGGUUUAGUCAUGUAAAUAGCACUAUUCCAGUGAUCACUGCUGUCUUGUACAUACUAUGUUUUAAAAAGUUAAAAGGAAUUACAGUUGGGAAAAAAAAAAAAAGGGCAGAUUAGGGCCUGUAAUGAACACCAACUAAUGUAAAUCGAACUCAUUCUGGUGAUGGUAUUUAACACUUUAAAUAAAACAUUUUCUUUACAGAA